AUGACGCCUACUUUCCAAACAUCGAUCGAAGGAGUUCAAGUUUAUGCACAUGUCGAAAGGGUUGAUACAUGUCAUCAUUAUCCACCUGCUAAUCAAGAGCCUGCAAAAACUUCACUCGCAAAAUUUCUUUGGCCUGAUGAUUAUCAAACACAUCAUGAUAGAUUAUUACUUGGGAAUGGUGCAAGUGAAUUAAUCGAUUUAGUUGUAAGACUUGCACCUAAAGGUACUUGGAAACCUGGUCCUUGGGAUGUUCAAUAUAAAGAAUAUCAAAGAUCAGCAGAAACCAAUGGACGUAUGAUUCUUGGAUCUAAUGAGGUUAAACCUGCUACUCUUACAUGUAUUGUAAAUCCAUGUAAUCCUACAGGCGAUUAUAAAAAUGUUGAAGAAUUGAAACAAUGGAUUAAAGAAAAUGUCGAGGAUGGUGGUGUAGUUAUUGUUGACGAAUCAAUGCAACCUUGGUUAUCAGAAAAUUUUCGACCAGAUUCUCUUAUUUCACAACAUGAAUUUCUUUUAAAAUUUUAUGAAACCAAUAAAGUAUCCGUUUAUAUUAUACAUUCAUGGACUAAAUUUUGGUCAUGUACAGGAUUAAGAUUGGGAUCAGUAGUGUGUCCUACAUCAAAACAUUGUGAUGAUCUCAAAAGAAUACAAGUACCAUGGAGUGUCAAUACACCAGCACUUGCAUUCCUAGACAAUGUAGUAAAGGAUCAAACAUAUAUGAAAAAUACAUGGGAACUUACACCAAAAUGGC